UCUCUCUAUGUAUGUGUAUAUAUAUAUAUAUAUAUAUAUAUAUAUACACACACACACAUACACAUUUUUUUCAUAUUCUUUUCCAUUAUGGUUUAUCACAGGAUACUGAAUAUAGUUCCCUGUGCUAUACAGUAGGACCUUGUUGUUCAUCCAUUCUAUAUGUAAUAGUUUGCAUCUGCUAAUCCCAAACUUCCAGUCCAUCCCUCCCCCACUACCCUUCCCCUUGGCAACCACAAGUCUGUUCUCUAUGUUUGUAAGUCUGUUUCUGUUUCAUAGAUAAGUUUGUUUGUGUCAUGUUUUAGAUUCCACAUAUAAGUGAUAUCAUAUGGUAUUUGUCUUUCUCUGUCUGACUUACCUCACUUAGUAAGAUAAUCUCUAGGUCCAUCCAUGUUGCUGCAAAUGGAAUUAUUUCAUUCUUUUUUUAUGACUGAGUAGUAUUCCUUUGUAUAUAUGUACCACAUCUUCUUUAUCCAUUCAUCUGUUGAUGGACAUUUUGGUUGUUUCCAUAUCUUGGCAAUUGUAAAUAGUCCUUCAGUGAACAUUGGGGUGCAUGCAUCCUUUUGAAUUAUGGUUUUCUCCAGAUAUAUGCCCAGGAAUGGGGUUUCAGGGUUAUAUGGCAACUCUAUUUUUAGUUUUUUGGGGAACCUCCAUACUGUUUUCCAUAGUGGCUGCACCAGUAUACAUUCCCACCAACAGUGUCAGAGGGGUUCCUUUUUCUCUACACCCUCUCCAGCAUUUGCUAUUUGUAGACUUCUUAAUAAUGGCCAUUCUGACUGGUAUGAGGUGGUACCUCACUGCAGUUUUGAUUUACAUUUCUCUAAUAAUUAGUGAUGUUGAGCCCUUUUUCAUUGCCUGUAACCAUCUUUCUUUUCUUUUUUUUAAAAAAUAAAUUUAUUUAUUUAUUUAUUUUUGGCUGCAUUGGGUCUUCAUUGCUGUAUGCAGGCUUUCUCUAGUUGUGGUGAGCGGGGGCUACUCUUUGUUGUGGUGCUCAGGCUUCUCACUGCGGUGGCUUCUCUUGUUGCGGAGCACAGGCUCUAGGUGCACAGGCUUCAGGAGUUGCAGCACGCGGGCUUCAGUAGUUGUGGCACGCGGGCUCUAGAGCACAGGCUCAGUAGUUGUGGUGCACGGGCUUAGUUGCUUCACAGCAUGUGGGAUCUUCCCGGACCAGGGCUUGAACCCAUGUCCCCUGCAUUGGCAGGCAGAUUCUUAACCACUGUGCCACCACGGAAGCCCAUAUUUUCUUUUUUAAAAAUAUUUAUUUAUUUGGCUCUGCUGGGUCUUAGUUGUGGCACCCGGGAUAUUUGUUGCCAUGUGCGAGAUCUUCGUUGCAGCAUGCAGGAUCUUUAGUUGGGGCAUGCAGGGCCUUUAGAUGUGGCAUGUGGGAUCUUUUAGUUGUGUCAUGCGGGCUCUUAGUUGUGGCAUGCGAGAUCUAGUUCCCUGACCAGGAAUUGAACCCGGGCCCCCUGCAUUGGGAGCACAGAGUCUUAACCAUUGGUCCACCAGGGAAGUCCCUGACCAUCUUUCAAUGUGUUAUUUUUUUUGUUAUUGUGUUGUAUGAGCUGUUUGUAUGUUUUGGAAAUUAAGCCCCUUUUCAGUUGCAUCAUUUGCAAAUAUUUCCUCCGAGUCUGUGGUUUGUCUUUUCAUUUGUUAUGGUUUCCUUUGCUGUACAAAAGCUUUUAAGUUUGAUUAGGUCCCAUUUGUUUUUUGGUUUUUUUUUUUUGCUUUUAUUUCUAUUGCCUUGGGAGACUGACCUAAGAACAUUUUGGGUCGAUUCAUGUCAGAGAAUGAUUUGCCUAUGUUCUCUUCUAAGAGUUUUAUGGUGUCAUGUCAUAUAUGUAAGUCUUUAAGUCAUUUUUAAAAUAAAUAUUUACAAAUGUUAUAUCCUCUUAUUGGAUUGACCCCUUUAUUGUUUUUUUUAAAAUUUAUUUAUUUAUUUAUUUGGUUGUGCUGGGUCUUAGUUGUGGCAGGCAGGCUCCUUAGUUGUGGCUCACUGGCUCCUUAGUUGCAGCAUGUGGGCUCCUUAGUAGUGGCAUGCAAACUCUUAGUUGUGGCAUGAAUGUGGGAUCUAGUUUCCUGACCAGGGAUCGAAUCUGGGCUCCCUGCAUUGGGAGCACAGAGUCAUAGCCACUACGCCACCAAGGAAGUCCCAAGUCUUUAAGUCAUUUUGAGUUUAUUGUUGUUUAUGGUGUGAAGGUGUCUUCCAUGUUUUCUAACCCCUGCCUUUGUGAGUAUUUCCUGGCAUCCCUGAACAAGACUUGAGCCUCUAAUCAGACACCUACCUCCCCAGAGAGAAAACCUCUGGGCAUUCUCUGACAAGUAUUCAAAACACUGUCCUGGUGAGCUGGUCUGUCUGCUCAUGGGCACAUUUGGAUGGAAGCAGGUAAGCACCUUAAACAUGCUGAUUCCUUCAAAUUUUCUUGUCCAUAGACGUAUCCUCCAUCUCCUACCUUCAAGGAAACAAUCCUUCCCUUGUUUAAAGAUCUCUGUGAUGGAAAUAAAAAAAUAAAAUAAAACAUCUCUGUAAUGACCACCAAGGAAAUGCCUCUACUCAUCAAAUGCCUCUCCCACCACCCCUUCUUCCCUCAAGACCCAUAAGAAGAGACAGGUCCCAGGGUGGCUAGGGAGGGAAUUGACCAAAGGACUCAAGUUCUUGCUAAUUUGUUUCAAGAAUGUGUAUUGGGAUGACUGCCUUCCCUGCCCACCACCAUACUUCUGCCAGUACCACUCCUUGUAGACUUGCAGACCUUCCAGUGUUUAUUUCCUGUCUGGGUAGCCCACACAAUACUGCUAUAAACUUUCCUCUUAGAAAUGCUUUUGCUGCAUUCCAUAGUUUUUGGAUCAUUGUCCUUUCAUUUUCAGUGUCUCAUGGCAUUUUAAAAUUUCCUCUUUGAUUUCUUCAGUGACUCAUUUGUUGUUUAUAGCAUAUUGUGUAGCCUCCAUGUGUUUGCAUUUUUUGCAGUUUUUUUCCUUGUAGUUGAUAUCUAGUCUCAUAGUGUUGUGGUUGGAAAUUGAUGCUUGAAAUGGUUUCUAUUUCCUUAAAUUUACUGACACUUGUUUUUUGGCCUAGCAUGUGAUAUAUCCUGGGGAAUUUUCCAUGUGCACUUGAAAAGAAUGUGUAUUCUGCUGCUUUUGGGUGAAACGAUCUAUCUAUCUGUCUAUGAAGUUCAUCUGAUUUAAUGUGUUAUUUAAGGCCAGUGUUUCCUUAUUUAUUUUCUGUCUGGAUGAUUUGUCCAUUGAUGUAAGUGGGGUGUUAAACUCCCCUACUAUUGUGCUACUAUCGAUUUCUCCCUUUAUGUUUGUUAAUAUUUGCUUUAUGUAUUUAGGUGCUCCUAUGUUGGGUGCAUAUAUAUCUACAAUUGUUAUAUCUUCUUGGAUUGAUCCCAUGAUCAUUAAGUAUUGUCCUUAUUUAUCUCUUUGUUUUAAAGUCUGUUUUAUAAGUAGUGUUUAUUUUAAAGUCUAUUACCUCUGAUAUAAGUAUUGCUAUCCUGGCUUUCUUUUUGUUUCAUUGGCUUGGAGUACUUUUUCUAUCCCCUCACUUUCAAUCUGUGCGUAUCUUUAGAUUUGAAGUGAGUCUCUUGUAGGUAGCAUAUAGAUGAAUCUUGUUUUUCUAUCCAUUCAGCCACUCUGUGUCUUUUGAUUGGAGCAUUUAGUCCAUUUAUGUUUAAAGUAGUUAUUGAUAGGUAUGUACUUAUUGCCAUUUUGUUCAUUGUUUUUGGGUUUUUUUCAUGGUUCUUUUUUGCUCCUUUCUUCUUUUACUCCCUUCCCUUGUGAUUUGAUGACUGUCUUUAGUGUUAUCUUUGGAUUCUUUUCUUUUUUUGUGUGUGUCUAUCUAUUAUAGAUCUUUGAUGUGUGUCUCUUUUUUUGUGUGUAUCUAUUAUUGAUCUUUGAUGUGUGGUGAUUUGUAAUGCCACCUUAGUAUAAACUGCAUUUCCAUAUGUAGUUGGGUAUGCUUGUGAAUUUUCUAUUCUGUUUAAUUGGUCUCUCUGUCUACUCAGGAGUGGACAUUACACUGUUUUCAGAAAAGAAGUUUUAUAGGAUGUUUGUAAUAUCUGACUAGCUAUUCUUUCGUGCUUAUUUUCCACAUAAAUUUAAGAAAGUAUCUAGAACUUGUAUAACACUAGGAGAAAAAAAUAAUAUUUUUAUUGGACACAUUAAAAUUUUAUAUGGACUUUGGGAGAAUCAGUGCCUUUUUGGUGUAGAUCCACCCUAUUCAAGAAUUAAGAAUAUCCUGCUAUUUCUCAGGUCCGUUUUUGUAUUUUUCAGGAGUACUUUAACGUUUUGCUUGAAUAGGUUUUUCACAGUUCUGAUUAAGUUUUUCUUAAGAAUCUUAUGUUUUUUGUUGCUACUGCAACAGAUAUUUCUUUACAGUUCGUAUCUUCAAACUGGUUGUUCUUUAUAUAUGUGAAGGCUAUGGAGUUCCUUCUAAUUUUGAAACAAUCUCAAGAAUAAAGAAAAGUUGCAAUUAUAAUACAAAAAAUGUUUGUUUUCCUGAACUAUUUGAGACUAAAGUUACUGACAUGGUACUCCAUCAACUUCCCAAAUACUUUAGAGUGUAAUCCGUACAAACAAGGACACUCUUGCAUAACCACAGUCCAAUGAUCAAACCUAGGGAAUUAACGUUGAUGCCACCAAUACCAUCUAAUCCUCAGACGGUGAGAAACCUGGCUCACUAGCCUUAAUAUGUUUACAUAUUUGAUUAAUCCCCACAGAGAUUUAUAUAACAUAUCUCUCACUCAUCUUCUCCAAGUGUGUUCCCUGCUGCCCACAGGCAGGCUCUGGUGAUCCACAUCAGGCAGCCCCCUUGUACCACCCACCUGACCCUAUUUGGCCUGCUCUGACACAUCCCACCAGGUCAUUCACUUCCGAUGGACCCAGGGAUGGUUUGUUUUGGUCCAGUGAACAUCAAGCCCAGGACUUUCAUUCAAAAUUGUGGGAUAAGAAAAACUCUUUGUUGCAGAAUAUUUACACUUAAAGAGGCGAUUCUAAGCACUUUAAAAAUACAACACUGAAAUGGAGACAACAUAGGAAAUGAGGUUGCCGUUUGGGGUACUUGGGUGUGUCCAGGUCUAUCCGCCCCUAAAGCAAGUCCAGCCUCUACCUCACAAUGGCACCAAGCAGACUCCCUCCCCGAAGUUCUUACCAUCCUGUUCUCUUACCACAGAUUCUAGGUCUAGUCCAGCAACUGUCAGCUUCUCAAGGGCAAGAGCUGUGUCUUUCAUAUCCCUGGACCUAGCCUUUAAAAUAUUUAUUCGUGAUUUCAUCACAAUGAAAAAACAGCCAAAAAUGGAGAAAUGGAGAUAUUCUUGAUUCAGUCACUGAGGGGCUUCUGGGGAUCCAGCCCCUCUGCUGGUGUAAUAGGGAAGAACCCUUGUAUUCUAUUAAGUUAGUCACUAAAGGGAUGUUACCUGUAAAGCUUUAAUUAUACAUAAUGGCCUAUGUCUGGGGAUGCUGCCUCUCAGGAAAUGAGCAUUAAGCUAAAAUACCUUUGUUUAGCUCACCGGAAACAUCCUGACCAGGCCCACCUGUGAAAGAUUGCAGAACGGAAGAAAUUAACACAUCCCCUCCAGAGGCUGACUGGAACCAAGAAAUGCUUGACUUCACUCCCUCCCGUUUUAGUAUAAAAGAAACCUGAAUUCUAACUCAGGCCAGAUGGGUCUUUGGGACAUGAGUCCACCAUCUUCUCAGUCUGCUGGCUUUUCAACUAAAGUUGCUAUUCCUUGCCUCAACAACUCAUCUCUAUAUUUAUUGGCCUGUUGUGCAGUGAGCAGUAUGAGCUUGGACUCGGUAACACUGGCUGCAUCACAGCCUUCACUUUGUUGUUCUUUCUUCUUACUUUGUGACUCGGCAGUGGGAGUACAAGUGUGGUGACAGUGCCAUUCUCACCUAACCCAUGGCAGAGAAUGUGGAUGACCACAUUGCAUGCUGACACCCUGCUCGGGGGAGCACCAGUGUGGGAGGUCUGUGUGGGCACUGAGCCUCCCCUACUUCCUUCCCCUGUGUUUUGUGUCUGGAAAGACAGCAGCUCUGACAUGGGCAGAACUUUGGGGAUGUUGCAGCCACUCCUGCUGCUGAUGGGCUUUCUUCUUUCCCCCGGGCUGGAAUAGGCACGGAAGAUGGCGAAAGAAGGCACGGAAGAUGGCGGAAGAGCAAGACACGGAGAUCACCUUCCUCCCCACAGAUACACCAGAAAUACAUCUACACGUGGAACAACUCCUACAGAACACCUACUGAACGCUGGCAGAAGACCUCAGACCUCCCAAAAGGCAAGAAAACCCCCAUGUACCUGGGUAGGGCAAAAGAAAAAACAGACAAAAGGAUAGGGACAGGACCUGCACCAGUGGGAGGGAGCUGUGAAGGAGGAAAGGUUUCCACACACUAGAAGCCCCUUUGCAAGCAGAGGCUGGGGGUGGCAGAGGGGAUAAGCUUCGGAGCCACAGAGGAGAGCGCAGCAACAGGGGUGCGGAGGGCAAAGCGGGGAGAUUCCCGCACAGAGGAUUGGUGCCGACCAGCACUCACCAGCCCGAGAGGCUUGUCUGCUCACCCACCAGGACGGGCGCGGGCUGGGAGCUGAGGCUUGGGCUUCGGUCGGAUGCAGGGAGAGGACUGGGGUUGGCGGCGUGAACACAGCCUGAAGGGGCCUAGUGCACCACAGCUAGCCAGGAGGGAGUCCGGGAAAAAGUUUGGAGCUGCCGAAGAGACAAGAGACGUUUUCUUGCCUUGUUGUUUCCUGGUGCGCGAGGAGAGGGGAUUAAGAGCGCUGCUUAAAGGAGCUCCAGAGGGCUUCCCAGGUGGCGCAGUGGUUGAGAGUCCACCUGCCGAUGCAGGGGACACGGGUUCGUGCCCUGGUCCGGGAGGAUCCCACAUGCCGUGGAGCGGCCGGGCCCGUGAGCCAUGGCUGCUGAGCCUGCGCGUCUGGAGCCUGUGCUCCGCAACAGGAGAGGCCACAACAGUGAAAGGCCCGCGUACGGCAAAAAAAAAAAAAAAAAAAAAAAGAGGAGCUCCAGAGAUGGGUGUGAGCCGUGGCUAUCAGCACAGAUCCCAGAGAUGGGCAUGAGACGCUAAGGCUGCUGCUGCCGCCACCAAGAAGCCUGUGUGCAAGCACAGGUCACUCUCCACACUGCUCCUCCCAGGAGCCUGUGCAGCCCACCACUGCCAGGGUCCCGUGAUCCCGUGAUCCAGGGACAACUUCCCUGGGAGAACGCAUGGCGCGCUUCAGGCUGCUGCAAUGUCACGCCGGCCUCUGCCGCUGCAGGCUCGCCCCGCAUCCAUACCCCUCCCUCCCUCCGGCCUGAGUGAGCCAGAGCCCCCGAAUCAGCGGCUCCUUUAACCCCGUCCUGUCUGAGCCAGCAACCUACAUGCAGAGGCGGGGCCAAAUCCAAAGCUGAACCCCGGGAGCUGUGCGAACAAAGUAGAGAAAAGGAAAUUUCUCCCAGCAGCCUCAGAAGCAGCAGAUUAAAGCUCCACAAUCAAACUGAUGUACCCUGCAUCUGUGGAAUACCUGAAUAGACAGCGAAUCAUCCCAAAUUGAGGAGGUGGACUUUGAGAGCAAAAUAGAUUAUUUUUUCCCCUUUUCGUCUUUUUGUGAGUGUGUAUCUCUAUGCUUCUGUGUGAGAUUUUGUCUGUAUAGCUUUGCUUCCACCAUUUGUCCUAGAGUUCUGUCUGUCCGUUUUUUUCCUUAUUACUUUUUAAAAUUGUUUUCUUAAUAAUUAUUUUUAUUUUAAUAACUUUAUUUUAUUGUAUCUUACGUCAUUUUGUUUUCUUUUAUCCUCUUUCUUUCUUUCUACUUUUUCUUCGGUUUAUUCUGAGCCGUGUGGAUGAAAGGCUCUUGGUGCUGGAGAGUCCCACACAGGAUAAAUCCAAGGAGAAACACACCAGGAUACAUAUUAAUCAAACUAUAAAAAAUUAAACACAAAGAAAACAUAUUAAAAGCAGCAAAGGAAAAAGAACAAAUAACACAUAAGGGAAUCCCCAUAAGGUUAACAGCUGAUCUUUCAGCAGAAACUCUGCAAGCCAGAAGGGAGUGGCAGGACAUAUUUAAAGUGAGGAAGGAGAAAAAAAUACAACCAAGAUUACUCUACCCAGCAAGGAUCUCAUUCAGAUUUGAUGGAGAAAUUAAAACCUUUACAGACAAGUAAAAGCUGAGAGAGUUCAGCACCAUCAAACCCGCUUUACAACAAAUGCUAAAGGAACUUCUCUAGGCAAGAAACACAAGAGAAGGAAAAGACCUACAAUAACGAACCCAAAACAAUUAAGAAAAUGGGAAUAGGAACAUACAUAUCGAUAAUUACCUUAAAUGUAAAUGGAUUAAAUGCUCCCACCAAAAGACACAGACUGGCUGAAUGGAUACGAAAACAAGACCCAUAUAUAUGCUGUCUAAAAGAGACCUACUUCAGACCUAGGGACACAUACAGACUGAAAGUGAGGGGAUGGAAAAAGAUAUUCCAUGCAAAUGGAAAUCAGAGGAAAGCUGGAGUAGCAAUUCUCAUAUCAGACAAAAUAGACUUUAAAAUAAAGACUAUUACAAGAGACAAAGAAGGACACUACAUAAUAAUCAAGGGAUCGAUCCAAGAAGAAGAUAUAACAAUUGUAAAUAUUUAUGCACCCAACAUAGGAGCACCUCAAUACAUAAGGCAAAUACUAACAGCCAUAAAAGGGGAAAUCGACAGUAACACAAGCAUUGUAGAGGACUUUAGGGAACUUUAACACCCCACUUUCAACAAUGGACAGAUCAUCCAAAAUGAAAAUAAAUAAGGAAACACAAGCUUUAAAUGAUACAUUAAACAAGAUGGACUUAAUUGAUAUUUAUAGGAUAUUCCAUCCAAAAACAACAGAAUACACAUUUUUCUCAAGUGCUCAUGGAACAUUAUCCAGGAUAGAUCAUAUCUUGGGUCACAAAUCUAGCCUUGGUAAAUUUAAGAAAAUUGAAAUCAUAUCAAGUAUCUUUUCCAACCACAAUGCUAUGAGACUAGAUAUCAAUUACAGGAAAACAUCUGUAAACACAAACACAUGGAGGCUAAACAAUAUUAAUAACGAAGUGAUCACUGAAGAAAUCAAAGAGGAAAUCAAAAAAUAUCUAGAAACAAAUGACAAUGGAGACAUGACGACCCAAAACCUAUGGGAUGCAGCAAAAGCAGUUCUAAGAGGGAAGUUUAUAGCAAUACAAUCCUACCUUAAGAAACAGGAAACAUCUCAAAUAAACAACCUAACCUUGCACGUAAAGCAGUUAGAGAAAGAAGAACACAAACCCCCAAAGUUAGCAGAAGGAAAGAAAUCAUAAAGAUCAGAUCAGAAAUAAAUGAAAAAGAAAUGAAGGAAACGAUAGCAAAGAUCAAUAAAACUAAAAGCUGGUUCUUUGAGAAGAUAAACAAAAUUGAUAAAGCAUUAGCCAGACUCAUCAAACAAAAAAGGGAGAAGACUCAAAUCAAUAGAAUUAGAAAUGAAAAAGGAGAAGUAACAACUGACACUGCAGAAAUACAAAGGAUCAUGAGAGAUUACUACAAGCAACUCUAUGCCAAUAAAAUGGACAACCUGGAAGAAAUGGACGAAUUCUUAGAAAUGCGCAACCUGCCAAGACUGAGUCAGGAAGAAAUAGAAAAUAUGAACAGACCAAUCACAAGCACUGCAAUUGAAACUGUGAUUAAAAAUCUUCCAACAAACAAAAGCCCAGGACCAGAUGGCUUCACAGGCGAAUUCUAUCAAACACUUAGAGAAGAGCUAACACCUAUCCUUCCCAAACUCUUCCAAAAUAUAGCAGAGGGGGGAACACUCCCAAACUCAUUCUACGAGGCCACCAUGACCCUGAUACCAAAACCAGACAAAGAUGUCACAUAGAAAGAAAACUACAGGCCAAUAUCACUGAUGAGCAUAGAUCCAAAAAUCCUCAACAAAAUACUAGCAAACAGAACCCAACAGCACAUUAAAAGGAUCAUGCACCAUGAUCAAGUGGGAUUUAUUCCAGGAAUGCAAGGAUUCUUCAAUAUACACAAAUCAAUCAACAUGGUACACCACGUUAACAAAUUGAAGGAGAAAAACCAUAUGAUCAUCUCAAUAGAUGCAGAUAAAGCUUUCGACAAAAUACAACACCCAAUUAUGAUAAAAACCCUUCAGAAAGUAGGCAUAGAGGGAACUUUCCUCAACAUAAUAAAGGCCAUAUAUGAAAAACACACAGCCAACAUCAUCCUCAUUGGUGAAAAAACGAAAUCAUUUCCACUAAGAUCAGGAACAAGACAAGGUUGCCCACUCUCACCACUCUUAUUCAAUGUAGUUUUGGAAGUUUUAGCCACAGCCAUCAGAGAAGAAAAAGAAGUAAAAGGAAUCCAAAUCGGAAAAGAAGAAGUAAAGCUGUCACUGUUUGUAGAUGACAUGAUACUAUACAUAGAGAAUCCUAAAGAUGCUACCAGAAAACUACUGGAGCUAAUCAAUGAAUUUGGUAAAGUAGCAGGAUACAAAAUGAAUGCACAGAAAUCUUUGGCAUUCUUAUAUGCUAAUGAUGAAAAAUCUGAAAGUGAAAUUAACAAAACACUCCCAUUUACCACUGCAACAAAAAGAAUAAAAUACCUAGGAAUAAACCUACCUAAGGAGACAAAAGACCUGAAUGCAGAAAAUUAUAAGACACUGAUGAAAGAAAUUAAGGAUGAUACAAACAGAUCGAGAGAUAUAUCAUGUUCUUGGAUUGGAAGAAUCAACAUUGUGAAAAUGACUCUACUACCCAAAGCAAUCUACAGAUUUAAUGCAAUCCCUAUCAAACUACCACUGGCAUUUUUCACAGAACUAGAACAAAAAAUUUCACAAUUUGUAUGGAAACACAAAAGACCCCGAAUAGCCAAAGCAAUAUUGAGAACGAAAAAUGGAGCUGGAGGAGUCAGGCUCCCUGUCUUCAGACUAUACUACAGAGCUACAGUAAUCAAGACAGUAUGGUACUGGCACAAAAACAGAAAUAUAGAUCCAUGGAACAGGAUAGAAAGCCCAGAGAUAAACCCACGCACAUAUGGUCACCUUAUCUUUGAUAAAGGAGGCAGGAAUGUACAGUGGAGAAAGGACAGCCUCUUCAAUAAGUGGUGCUGGGAAAACUGGACAGGUACAUGUAAAAGUAUGAGAUUAGAACACUCCCUAACACCAUACACACAAAUAACCUCAAAAUGGGUUAAAGAACUAAAUGUAAGACCAGAAACUAUCAAACUCUUAGAGGAAAACAUAGGCAGAACACUCUAUGACAUAAAUUGCAGCAAGAUCCUUUUUGACCCACCUCCUAGAGAAAUGGAAAUAAAAACAAAAAUAAACAAAUAGGACCUAAUGAAACUUUCAAGCUUUUGCACAGCAAAGGAAACCAUAAACAAGACCAAAAGACAACCCUCAGAAUGGGAGAAAAUAUUUACAAAUGAAGCAACUGACAAAGGAUUAAUCUCCAAAAUUUACAAGCAGCUUAUGCAGCUGAAUAACAAAAAGACAAACAACCCAAUCCAAAAAUGGGCAGAAGGCCUAAAUAAACAUUUCUCCAAAGAAGAUAUACAGAUUGCCAACAAACACAUGAAAGAAUGCUCAACAUCAUUAAUCAUUAGAGAAAUGCAAAUCAAAACUACAAUGAGGGGCUACUCUGGUGGCGCAGUUGUUGAGAGUACACCUGCCGAUGCAGGGGAUGCAGGUUCAUGCUCCGGUCUGGGAAGAUCCCACAUGCCGCAGAGCGGCUGGGCCCAUGAGCCAUGGCCGCUGAGCCUGUGCGUCCAGAGCCUGUGCUCUGCAAUGGGAGAAGCCACAGCAGUGAGAGGCCUGUGUACCACAAAAAAAGAAAAAGAAAAAGAAAAACAAAACUACAAUGAGAUAUCAUCUCACACCGGUCAGAAUGGCCAUCAUCAAAAAAUCGAGAAACAAUAAAUGCUGGAGAGGGUGUGGAGAAAAAUGAACCCUCCUUCACUGUUGGUGGGAAUGUAAAUUGAUACAGCCACUAUGGAGAACAGUAUGGAUGUUCCUUAAAAAACUACACGUAGAACUACCAUACGACCCAGCAAUCCCACUACUGGGCAUAUACCCUGAGCAAAUCAUAAAUCAAAAAGAGUCAUGUACCAAAAUGUUCAUUGCAGCUCUGUUUACAAUAGCCAGGACAUGGAAGCAACCUAAGUGUCCAUCAACAGAUGAAUGGAUAAAGAAGAUAUGGUACAUAUAUACAAUGGAAUAUUACUCAGCCAUAAAAAGAAACAAAAUUGAGUUAUUUGUAGUGAGGUGGAUGGACCUAGAGUCUGUCAUACAGAGUGAAGUAAGUCAGAAAGAGAAAAACAAAUACUGUAUGCUAAUACAUAUAUAUGGAAUCUAAGAAAAAAAAAAAAAGGUCAUGAAGAACCUAGGGGUAAGAUGGGAAUAAAGACACAGACCUACUAGAGCAUGGACUUGAGGAUAUGGGGAGGGGGAAGGGUAAGCUGUGACAAAGUGAGAGAGUGGCAUGGACAUAUAUACACUACCAAAUGUAAAAUAGAUAGCUAGUGAGAAGUAGCCACAUAGCACAGGGAGAUCAGCUUGGUGCUUUCUGACCACCUAGAGGGGUGGGAUAGGGAGGGUGGGAGGGAGGGAGACGCCAGAGGGAAGAGAUAUGGGAACAUAUGUAUAUGUAUAACUGAUUCACUUUGUUAUAAAGCAGAAACUAACACACCAUUGUAAAGCAAUUAUACUCCAAUAAAGAGGUUAAAAAAAACUUUUCAGUUUUUAUUGGAAUAUAGGUCAGCAACAAUGCUGUGUUAGUUUCAGAUGUACAGCAAAGUGAUUCAGUUAUACACAUACAUGUAUCUGUUCUUUUUCCAAUUCUUCUCCCAUUCAGGUUGUCACAUAAUAUUGAGCAGAGUUCCCUGUGCUAUACAGUAGAUCCCUGUUGGUUAUCCAUCCUAAGCAUAGCAGUUGUACAUGUCAAUCCCAAACUCCCUAACCAUCCCUCCCCCCACCCUUCCCUCCUGGUAGCCAUAAGUUCCUUCUCUAAGUUUGUGAGUCUGUUUCUGUUUUGUAAAUAAGUUCAUUUGUAUCACUUUUUAAGAGUCUGCAUACAGGUGAUACAUGUCCUUCCUGUUUGAUUUACUUCUCUCAGUUUGACAAUCCCUAGGUCCAUCCAUGUUGCUGCAAAUGGCACUAUCUCAUUCCUUUUAAUGGCUAAUAUUCCAUUGUAUAUAUGUACAACAUCUUUAUCCAUUCUUCUGUCAAUGGACACGUAGUUUGAUUCCAUGUCUUGGCUAUUGUAAACAGUGCUGUAAUGAACAUUGGGGUGAAUGUAUAUUUUCAGAUUAUGGUUUUCUCCUGAUAUAUGCCCAGGAGUGGGAUUGCAGAAUCAUAUGGUAGCUCUAUUUUUAGUUUUUUAAGGAACCUCCACACUGUUUUUCAUAGUGGCUGUAGAAAUGUACAUUCCCACUUACAGUGUAGGACGUUCCCUUUCCUCAACACCCUCUCCAGCAUUUAUUGUUUGUAGAUAUUUUGAUGAUAGCCUUUCUGACAAGGGUGAGGAGAUACCUCAUGGUAGUUUUGAUUUGCAUUGCUCUAAUAAUUACUGAUGGUGAGCAUCUUUUAAUGUGUUUGUGCCCAUCUAUGUGUCUUCUUUGAGAAAUGUCUAUUUAGGUCUUCUGCCCAUUUUCUGAUUGGGUUGUUUGUUUUUUUGAUAUUGAGCUGCAUGAGCUGUUUGUAUAUUUUGGAGAUUAAUCCUUUGUCAGUUGCUUCAUUUUCAAAUAUUUUCUCUUAUUCUGAGGUUGUCUUUUCAUUUUCUUUAUGGAUUCCUUUGCUGUGCAAAAGCUUUUAAGUUUAAUUAAGUCCCAUUUGGUUUUUUUUGUUUCUUUGUUUUUAUUUUCAUUACUCUAGGAGGUGGUCAAAAAAAUCUUGCUGUGAUGUAUGUCAAAAAGUGUUCUGCCUAUGUUUUCCUCUAAGACGUUUAUAGCAUCUGGUCUUACAUUUAGGUUUAUUCCAUUUUGUGUUUAUUUUUGUGUAUGGUGUUAAGGAGUAUUCUAAUAUCAUUCUUUUACAUGUAGCUCUCCUGUUUUCCUGGUACCACUUAUUGAAGAGACUGUCUUUUCUCCAUUGUAUAUUCUUGCCUCCUUUGUCAUAGAUUAGGUGACCAUAGGUGCGUGGGUUCUCUGCACUUUCUAUCCGGUUUCAUUGAUCUAUAUUUCUAUUUUGUGCCAGUACCAUACUGUUUUGAUGACUACAGCUUUGUAGUAUAGUCUGAAGUCAGGGAGCCUAAUUCCUCCAGCUCCAUUUUUCUUUCUCAAGAUUGCUUUGGACUCACUUGGAAGAUGGUGGAAGGGUAAGAUGCGGAGAUCACCUUCCUCCCCACAGAUACAUCAGAAGUACAUCUACGUGUGGAACAACUCCUACAGAACACCUACUGAAUGCUGGCAGAAGACCUCAGACCUCCCAAAAGGCAAGAAACUCCUCACGUACCUGGGGAGGGCAAAAGAAAAAAGAAUAAACAGAGACAAAAGAAUACGGAUGGGACCUGCACCAGUGGGAGGGAGCUGUGAAGGCAGAAAGAUUUCCACACACUAGGAAGCCCCUUCGUGGGCGGAGACUGCGGGUGGUGGAGGGGGAAGUUUUGGAGGUGCGGAGGAGAGCACAGCAACGGGGGGAAGAGGGCAAGGUGGAGAGAUUCCCGCACAGAGGAUCGGUGCUGACCAGCACUCACCAGCCCGAGAGGCUUGUCUGCUCACCCGCCGGGGUGGGCAGGGCUGGGAGCUGAGGCUCAGUCUUCUGUCGGAGCGCAGGGAGAGGACUGGGGUUGGUGGUGUGUACACAGGCUGCAGGGGGUUAGUGCACCAUGCCUAGCUGGGAGGGAGUCUGGGGAACAGUCUGUACCUGCCGAAGAGGCAAGAAACCUUUUCUUCCCUCUUUGUUUCCUGGUGCGCAAGGAGAGGGGGUUAAGAGCACUGCUUAAAGAAGCUCCAGAGACGGGUGUGAGCUGCAGGUAACAGCGCGGACCCCAGAGACGGGCAUGAGACGCUAAGACUGCUGCUGCCACCACCAAGAAGCCUGUGUGUGAGCACAGGUCACUCUCCACACCCCCCUUCCGGGGAGCCUGUGCAGCCCGCCACUGCCAGGGUCCUGGGAUCCAGGGACAACUUCCCCGGGAGAACGCAUGGCGCGCCUCAGGCAGGCGCAACUUCACGCAGACCUCUGCUGCCGCAGGCUCACCCCGUACUCCAUACCCCUCCCUCCUCACAGCCUGAGUGAGCCAGAGUCCCCGAAUCAGCAGUUCCUUUAACCCUGUCCUGUCUGAGUGAAGAACAGACGCUCUCCAGCGACCUACACGCAGAGGCGGGGCCAAAUCCAAAGCUGAACCCCGGGAGCUGUGCGAACAAAGAAGAGAAAGGGAAAGCUCUCCCAGAGGCCUCAGGAGCAGCAGAUUAAAUCUCCACAAUCAACUUGAUGUACCCUGCAUCUGUGGAAUACCUGAAUAGACAACGAAUCAGGAGGCACUAUCUCAGGAGGCACUAUCUCAGGAGGCACUAUUGAGGAGGUGGACUUUGAGAGCAAGAUUUAUUAUUUUUUCCCCUUUUCCUCUUUUUGUGAGUGUGUAUGUGUAUGCUUCUGUGUGAGAUUUUGUCUGUAUAGCUUUGCUUUCACCAUUUGUCCUAGGGUUCCAUCCAUCUGUUUUUUUUUUUUAACUUAAAAAAAAGUUUCUUUCUUAAUAAUUCUUUUUUUAUUUUAAUAACUUUAUUUUACCUUACUAUAUUUUAUUUUCUUUUAUCCUCUUUCUUUCUUUCUACUUUUCUCCGUUUUAUUCUAAGCCGUGUGGAUGAAAGGCUCUUGUUGCUGCAACCAAGAGUUAGUGCUGUGCCUCUGAGGUGGGAGAGCCAACUUCAGGACACUGGUCCACAAGAGACCUCCCAGCUCCACGUAAUAUCAAAUGGUGAAAAUCUCCCAGAGAUUUCCAUCUCAACACCAACACCCAGCUUCACUCAACGACCAGCCAGAUACAGUGCUGGACACCCUAUGCCAAACAACUAGCAGGACAGGAACACAACGCCACCCAUUAGCAGAGAGGCUGCCUAAAAUUAUAAUAAGUCCACAGACACCCCAAAACACACCACCAGACAUGGACCUGCCCACCAGAAAGACAAGAUCCAGCCUCAUCCACCAGAACACAGGCACCAGUCCCCUCCACCAGGAAGCCUACACAACCCACUGAACCAACUUUAGCCACUGGGGACAGACACCAAAAACAACAGGAACUACGAACCUGCAGCCUGCAAAAAGGAGACCCCAAACACAGUAUGGUAAGCAAAAUGAGAAGACAGAAAAACACAGCAGAUGAAGGAGCAAGAUAAAAACCCACCAGACCUACCAAAUGAAGAGGAAAUAGGCAGUCUACCUGAAAAAGAAUUCAGCAUAAUGAUCGUAAAGAUGAUCCAAAAUCUUGGAAAUAGAAUAGAGAAAAUGCAAGAAACAUUUAACAAGGACCUAGAAGAACUAAAGAUGAAAUAAGCAAUGAUGAACAACACAAUAUAUGAAAUUAAAAAUACUCUGGAAGGCAUCAAUAGCAGAAUAACUGAGGCAGAAGAAUGGAUAAGUGAUCUGGAAGAUAAAAGAGUGGAAAUAACUACUGCAGAGCAGAAUAAAGGAGAAAGAAUGAAAAGAAAUGAGGACAGUCUAAGAGACCUCUGGGACAACAUCAAAUGCACCAAUAUUCGAAUUAUAAGGGUUCCAGAAGAAGAAGAGAAAAACAGACUGAGAAAAUACUUGAAGAGAUUAUAGUUAAAAACUUCCCUAAUAUAGGAAAGGAAAUAGUUAAUCAAGUCCAGGAAGCACAGAGUCCCAUACAGGAUAAAUCCAAGGAGAAACACGCAAAGACACAUGUUAAUCAAACUGUCAAAAAUUAAAUACAAAGAAAACAUAUUAAAAACAGCAAGGGAAAAACAACAAAUAACACACAAGGGAAUCCCCAUAAGGUUAACAGCUGAUCUUGCAGCAGAAACUCUGCAAGCCAGGAGGGACUGGUAGGACAUAUUUAAAGUGAUGAAGGAGAAAAACCUACAACCAAGGUUACUCUACCCAGCAAGGAUCUCAUUCAGGUUUGAUGGAGAAAUUAAAACCUUUACAGCCAAGCAAAAGCUGAGAGAGUUCAGCACCACCAAACCAGAUUUACAACAAACGCAAAAGGAUCUUCUCUAGGCAAGAAACACAAGAGAAGGAAAAGACCUACAAUAACGAACCCAAAACAAUUAAGAAAAUGGGAAUAGGAACAUACAUAUCGAUAAUUACCUUAAAUGUAAAUGGAUUAAAUGCUCCCACCAAAAGACACAGACUGGCUGAAUGGAUACAAAAAGAAGACCCAUAUAUAUGCUGUCAACAAGAGACCCACUUCAGACCUAGAGACACAUACAGACUGAAAGUGAGACGAUGGAAAAAGAUAUUCCAUGCAAAUGGAAACCAAAAGAAAGCUGGAGUAGCAACUCUCAUAUUUGUCAAUUCCAUGUAUAAUUUCAAAAUUAUUGGCUUCCCAGUGACCUGUAAUGUAACAUAGAUAUGAUUUAUAUAUAAACAUAUAUCUCCCAGGUAUAAACCCUUUCUUAAUUCUCCCACCCUGUGGCUUUACUUUUCACUAUGUCAAUUGUGUCUUGGAUAGUCUCAUCCACCAGAGGGCAGACAGCAGAAGCAAGAAGAACUACAAUCCUGCAGCCUGUGGGAAAAAACCCACAACCACAGGAAGAUAGACAAGAUGAAAAGGCAGAGGGCUACGUAUCAGAUGAAGAAACAAGACCAAACCUCAGAAAACAACUAAAUGAAGUGGAGAUAGGCAACCUUCCAGAAAAAGAAUUCAGAAUAAUGAUAGUGAAGAUGAUCCAGGACCUUGGAAAAAGAAUGGAGGCAAAGAUCAAGAAGAUGAAAGAAAUGUUUAACAAAGACCUAGAAGAAUUAAAGAACAAAUAAACAGAGAUUAACAAUACAAUAACUGAAAUGAAAAAUACACUAGAAGGAAUCAAUAGCAGAAUAACUGAGGCAGAAGAAUGGAUAAGUGACCUGGAAGACAGAAUGGUGGAAUUCACAGCUGCAGAACAGAAUAAAGAAAAAAGAAUGAAAAGAAAUGAAGACAGCCUAAGAGAUCUCUAGGACAAUGUUAUGUUAAACACAAAAACAUUCACAUUAUAGGGGUGCCAGAAGGAGAAGAGAGAGAGAAAGGACCCGAGAAAAUAUUUGAAGAGAUUAUAGUCAAAAACUUCCUUAAAAUGGGAAAGGAAAUAGCCACCAAAGUCCAGGAAGUGCAGAGAGUCCCAUACAGGAUAAACCCAAGGAGAAACACACCAAGACACAUAGUAAUCAAAUUGGCAAAAAUUAAAGACAAAGAAAAAUUAUUGAAAGAAGCAAGGGAAAAAUGACAAAUAACAUACAAGGGAACUCCCAUAAGGUUAACAGCUGAUUUCUCAGUAGAAACUCUACAAGUCAGAAGGGAGUGGCAUGACAUACUGUGAUGAAAGUGAUGAAAGUGAUGAAAGGGAAGAACCUACAACCAAGAUUACUCUACCCAGCAGGGAUCUCAUUCAGAAUUGAUGGAGAAAUCAAAAGCUUUACAGACAAGCAAAAGCUAAGAGAAUUUGCACCACCAAACCAGCUCUACAACAAAUGCUAAAAGAACUUCUGUAAGUGGGAAACACAGAGAAGAAAAGGACCUACAAAAACAAACCCAAAACAAUUAAGAAAAUGGUAAUAGGAACAUACAUAUUGAUAAUUACCCUAAACGUGAAUGGAUUAAAUGCUCCAACCAAAAGACACAGGCUUGCUGAAUGCGUACAAAAACAAGACCCAUAUACAUGCUGUCUACAAGAGACCCACUUCAGACCUAGGGACACAUUCAGACUGAAAGUGAGGGGAUGGAAAAAGAUAUUCCAUGCAAAUGGAAAUCAAAAGAAAACUGGAGUAGCAAUACUCAUAUCAGAUAAAAUAGACUUUAAAAUAAAGAAUGUUACAAGAGACAGCAAAGGACACUACAUAAUGUUCAAGGGAUCAAUCCAAGAAGAAGAAAUAACAAUUAUAAAUAUAUAUGCACACAACAUAGGAGCACUUCAAUACCUAAGGCAACUGCUAACAGCUAUAAAAGAGGAAAUCGACAGUAACACAAUAAUAGUGGGGGACUUAAACACCUCACUGACACCAAUGGACAGAUCAUCCAAAUAGAAAAUUAAUAAGGAAACACAAACUUUAAAUGAAACAAUAGACCAGAUAAAUUUAAUUAAUAUGUAUAGGACAUUCCAUCCAGUAACAACAGAUUACACUUUUUUCUCAAGUGCACACGGAACAUUCUCCAGGAUAGAUCACAUCUUGGGUCACUAAAUAAAAAAACCUGAAAUCAUAUCAAGCAUCGUUUCUGACCACAAUGCUUUGAGAUCAGAAAUCAAUUACAGGGAAAAAAAAAGUAAAAAACACAAACACAUAGAGGCUAUACAAUACGUUACUAAAUAACCAAGAGAUCACUGAAUAAAUCAAAGAGGAAAUCAAAAAAUACCUAGAGACAAAUGACAAUGAAAACACGACAAUCCAAAACCUAUGGCAUGAAGCAAAAGCAGUUCUAAGAGGGAAGUUUACAGCGAUACAAGCCUACCUCAAGAAAUAAGAAAAAUCUCAAAUGAACAAUCUAACCUUACACCUAAAGGAAUUAGAGAAAGAAGAACAAACAAAACCCAAAGUUAGCAGAAGGAAAGAAAUCAUAAAGAUAGAGCAGAAAUAAAUGAAACAGAAACCAAGAAAAUAGCAAAGAUCAAUAAAACUAAAAGCUGGUUCUUUGAGAAGAUAAACAAAAUUGAUAAACCAUUAGCCAGACUCAUCAAGAAAAAGAGGGAGAGGACUCAAAUCAAUAAAAUUAGAAAUGAAAAAGGAGAAGUUACAACAGACACUGCAGAAAUACAAAGCAUCCUAAGAGACUAUUACAAGCAAUGCUAUGCCAAUAAAAUUGACAACCUGGAAGAAAUGGACAAAUCCUUAGAAAGUAUAACCUUCCAAAACUGAACCAGGAAAAAAUAGAAAAUAUGAACAGACCAAUCACAAGUAAUGAAAUUGACACUGUGAUUAAAAUUCUUCCAACAAACAAAAGCCCAGGACCAGAUGGCUUCACAGGUGAAUUACAUCAAAUAUUUACAGAAGAGCUAAUACCCAUCCUUCCCAAACUCUUCCAAAAAAUUGCAGAGGAAGGAACACUCCCAAACUCAUUCUCUGAGGCCACCAUCACCUGACACCAAAACCAGACAGAGAUACUACAAAAAAAGAAAAUUAGAGACCAAUAUCACUGAUGAAUAUUGAAGUAAAAAUCCUCAACAAAAUACUAGCAAACUGAAUCCAACAACACAUUAAAAGGAUCAUACACCAUGAUCAAGUGGGAUUUAUCCCAGGGAUGCAAGGAUUCUUCCAUAUACACAAAUCAAUCAAUGUGAUACACCACGUUAACAAAUUGAAGGAUAAAAACCAUAUGAUCAUCUCAAUAGAUGCAGAAAAAGCUUUUGACACAAUUCAACACCCUUUUAUGAUAAAAACUCUCCAGAAAUUGGGCAUAGAGGGAACCUACCUCAACAUAAUAAAGACCAUAUAUGACAAACCCACAGCAAACAUCAUUCUCAAUGGUGAAAAACUGAAAGUAUUUCCUCUAAGAUCAGAAACAAGACAAGGAUGUUCACUCUCACCACUAUUAUUCAACAUAGUUUUGGAAGUCCUAGCCAUGGCAAUCAGAGAAGAAGAAGAAAUAAAAGGAAUACAAAUUGGAAAAGGAGAAGUAAAACUGUCACUGUUUGUAGAUGACAUGAUACUAUACAUGGAGAACCCUAAAGAUGCCUCCAGAAAACUACUAGAGCUAAUCAAUGAAUUUGGUAAGUUGCAGGUUACAAAAUUAAUGCACAGAAAUCUCUUGCAUUCCUGUACACUAAUGAUGAAAAAUCUGAAGGAGAAAUUAAGGAAACACUCUUAUUUACCAUUGCAACAUAAAGAAUAAAAUACCUAGGAAUAAACCUACCUAAGGAGACAAAAGACCUCUAUGCAGAAAAGUAUAAGACACUGAUGAAAGAAAUUAAAGAUGAUACAAACAGAUGGAGAGAUAUACCAUGUUCUUGGACUGAACGAAUCAAUAUUGUGAAAAUGACUAUACUACCCAAGCAAUCUACAGACUCAAUGCAAUCCCCAUCAAAUUAUCAAUGGCAUUUUUUACAGAACUAUAACAAAAAUCUUAUAAUUUGUAUAGAGACACAAAAGACACCCAAUAGCCAAAGCAG